AUGGCUUGGUGCUUCUGCUGUUGUCGGAAGUGCCCCUAUUUCCUGUCGGAAGAAGAUAAAGCUGCUGUUGUGUUAGAUAAAGAAAUCAACAAAAUACUAAGAGACCAGAAAAAGCGAGACAGGAUGGAGCUGAAGUUACUUCUACUAGGCACUGGGGAAAGCGGGAAGAGCACGUUCAUCAAACAGCUGCGGAUAAUCCACGGGGCGGGCUAUUCAGAAGAGGAUCGCAAAGGCUUUGCCAAGCUGGUGUAUCAGAACAUCUUCGCCUCCAUGCAGGCCAUGAUCGGAGCCAUGGAGACUUUGCAGAUCCCUUAUGCCCAGCCAGAGAAUGUGGAAAACGCCAAGCUGGUCAUGGGGGUGAACGCUUCGAAGGUGGCGGCCUUGAUCAGGCCGUACGCAAACGCCAUUGAAAGCCUAUGGAGGGACGCGGGGAUCCGGACCUGCUACGAGAGACGGCGGGAGUAUCACUUACUGGACUCGGCCCCGUAUUUUCUGUCCAGCCUGGAGCGUAUCGCAGAGGACAGUUACAUCCCCACAGCUCAGGAUGUCCUGAGGAGCCGCAUGCCGACGACCGGCAUCAGUGAAUACUGCUUCUCCAUGCAGGAGAUGAUCUUAAGGAUUGUGGAUGUGGGUGGGCAGAAGUCGGAGCGCAAGAAGUGGAUACACUGUUUCGAAAACGUUAUUGCCCUGAUCUACCUGGCUUCCCUCAGCGAGUACGACCAGUGCCUGGAGGAGAAUAGCGAGGAGAAUCGGAUGAGGGAGAGCCUGGCCCUGUUCAGAACCAUCCUGGAACUGCCCUGGUUCCAGAGUGCCUCCGUGAUCCUCUUCCUCAACAAAACCGACCUCCUGGAGGACAAGAUCACCCACUCGGACCUGGCUGCCUACUUCCCUAGCUUCCCAGGACCCAAGCGAGAUGCGGAGGCGGCGAAGAAGUUCAUUCUGGAGAUGUACGUGGACACCUACAAGCGAUGCUCCGCUGUCCACUGCGACGCAGGGCAGAGACCCUCCAUGAUGGCCUCCAAAUCCAGGUGCCUCUACCGCCACUACACCUGUGCCACGGAUACGCAGAACAUCCGCAAGGUUUUCAAGGACGUCAGGGAUGUGGUCUUGGUCGGCUAUUUGGACGAGAUCAACCUGCUGUGAUGGGAAGGGCUCAGGCCAGGUUCGUGCCCGGCAGUAACAUAUCAGUGCUUGGCGUUGCCAGUUCACAAGGAGACGAAUCAGCGGACGUUGGCUGCUGCUGCUCGUAAAACACACGUGGAAUGUUCCCUGAGGCUGUGUUUGGAUGGGCGCCGGCCUGGUGCUGGGAGCGUGUGAGGGGAACGGUCUCACUUAAUGCCGCCUCGGCUCAGAGAUCUGUGAAGCUGCCUUUCUCACGGCGUCCUGCCAGAGUCCCUGCGAGGCUGCCUGCAAAGCGCCAUCUCAGGCCUUUCUCAGGGGUCAGUUUUACCCCUUUCUGUGGGAGAUGGGCCCAGCACUGACUGGGGAUUGGCUCCUAUGAUGGCGUGUAGCUUCUUCAAGGGCUGUUUUCUCCAUCCCUUCGUGCUGGUGGAGGGGCUGCUUCUUGCCGGGACGCUGGGCCC